GCUCAGUCACUAAUGGCGUGUCUUCCUGUUACACACGUUAAAUCGUCAAAAUGGCUAAGAAAAAAGGCGACGAAAAAGUGAACCAAACACCUCAGAGUGAUAAUGAAGAACAGAAUUUUGACGAGGAGCCAGACUUUGACGAUCCAGAGGGUUUUGUUGACGAUAUUCCCGAUGAAGAGUUGUUGGCCGACCUUUUAGAACAGAAACCUAAGGAAUCUGAUAGUUAUGAAAACGUGGUCGUUGUCGACGGAUGCCCGCAGGUCGGGCCCGAGCGGCUUGAGAAGCUUCAGAGCGUAAUAAACAAGAUAUUCAGCAAGUUCGGGAAGAUCGUCAAUGAGUAUUAUCCAACCAGCGAGAAUGGAAACACGACUGGUUACAUUUUCUUGGAGUACAGCAACCCGCAAAAUGCUGCCGAAGCUGUGAAAGCAACUAAUAACUGUAAAUUAGAUAAGCAGCAUACAUUCUUAGUGAACUUGUUCACUGAUUUUAAGAAGUAUUCAGAUAUUCCUAAAGAAUGGGAGCCACCAGCACCUCAACCGUUCAAGGUCCAAUCAGACCUGCAAUGGUACUUGAUGGACCCUGAUGCAUAUGACCAGUUCCUGGUUGGUAUUGGAACUGGUGUGGCUCUGCAGGUGUGGCAGAAUGCCUUGCCUGAACCCCUACUCAUGCAGGAGAGACCGAACUGGACGGAGACCUAUGCUGCAUGGUCACCUUUGGGCACCUACCUUGCAACCUUCCAUUGGCGAGGUGUAGCACUAUGGGCAGGCCCUAAGUUCUCCCAGUUCCAGAAGUUCUUCCACCCGGAAGCCCGGUUCAUCUCCUUCUCACCGUGUGAAAACUAUGUUGUAACAUUCUCGCCAACGGGAGACCGAGGAGAAGAUAAGAAACUCAUUAUUUGGGAUAUCAGAACGGGUCAAGAAAAGCGUAGUUUCCCUCCUCCGGACGAGUAUGUAACGUGGCCAGUGUUCCGCUGGAGCAAGGACGACAGGUACUUCGCCAGACUGGGCCAGGAUGUGCUCUCUGUGUAUGAGACGCCCAGCUUCGGUCUGCUCGACAAGAAGUCCAUCAAAAUACCCGGUAUUAGAGACUUCAGCUGGUCGCCUACAGAUAACAUUGUUGCGUAUUGGGUGGCGGAGGACAAAGACGUGCCCGCGAGGGUAACGCUCCUAGAACUCCCCAACCGCACCGAAAUACGUUCCAAGAAUUUGUUCUCCGUCGCCGAUUGUAAGAUCCACUGGCAGAAGAGCGGCGACUACCUCUGCGUCAAAGUAGACCGUUACUCUAAAGUCAAGAAGGACAAAAAUGACAUCAAAUACUCCGGAAUGUACUACAACUUUGAAAUAUUCCAUAUGAGGGAAAAGGAGAUUCCUGUCGACUCUGUAGAAAUUAAAGAACCAAUUCAAGCGUUUGCUUGGGAGCCUAUUGGAUCCAAGUUCGCGAUCAUCCAUGGAGACACAGCCAACAUCUGCAUCAGUUUCUACCAAGUGAACACGGGGCAGGCGCCGACUCUGUUGAAGAAGUUCGAGCGCCAGCCCUUCAACCACUUGUUCUGGUCGCCGUCUGGUCAGUUCAUCGUGCUUGCUAACCUUGGACUGACUGGUGGAGCUCUGGAGUUCUUGGACACUAAUGACUUCACCAUCAUGAAUGUCUCUGACCAUUACCAGAUGUCUGGCAUUGAAUGGGACCCGACUGGUCGCUUCGUAGUCACCGGCGUGUCUUCCCUCAAGAGCAAGAUCGACACUGGUUACUACAUUUGGUCCUUCCAGGGCAAGAUCUUAAGAAGAGUGAUGAAGGAAGGUUUCGCUCAGUUCAACUGGCGGCCGAGACCGCCGACGUUGUUGUCUGAAAAACAACAAAAGGACAUCAAGAAGAACCUCAAGAAAUAUUACUCGCAGUUCGAGACUAAGGAUCGUAUGCGCAGUAGCAAAGCUAGCAAGGAAUUGGUGGCGAAGCGUACUGAGCAGAUGAAGAAGCACGUUGAGUACCGCGAGCAGAAGGUGCUUGAGUGGAACGAGCAGAAGCCGCGCCGGCUCGAGCUUAGGAAUUAUGUGGAUACCGACGGUCUUGAGAUCGACGGGUCGACGACGGUAGAAGAGGUUGUAGAAUUUUUCGUGAAAGAGGAAAUAACUGUCAUCGAGUAGUCGCCAUUCCGCUCAAACGUUAGAGGUCGGAGUGCGAACACCGACCUCACUGAUAGUCCGGCGAACGGAUAAACAACAUUUUUAAUAAACAAACCACAGAGUAUACAGUUUUUUUGUACCUUCAUCCCGCUUAAGUCACAAAGGCAUUUUAUACGCUACAGACGCAUUAUGUUCAGUGUAAGAUUUCGGUUUAUAAAUUAUACAAUAGGUAAUGUUAAUAGAAAUCAUAUUAAAUUGAUAUGUUACAAAUGGAAAA